UCAAAAAUCUCUUUCACAGCAAGAAAGGAAACAGUUGAUUUAAAGAAAAAAGCAGCAAUCAUGUCAGAAGGUGUUAAACAAAUUAAUUUGGAGGAAUCCAAAUAUGGAGUGGAGAUGGACCAGGUGGAAAAUGUGGAUCAAGACAAGGUAAAUAAUACAGCAGAGGAGGAGAAAGACAGUGUCUUAGAGGGGGAGGAGGAAACAAAAGGCAAGCUUGGGCAGGAUGACACAGAGGGAGAUCAGCAGGAGGAAGAAACAGAAGGAGCUGGGCAGGAGGACAUGGAAGGCACAGGGCAGAAGGACACAGAAGGAACUGGGCAGGAGGAAACAGAGGGAGCUGGACAGGAGGACACGGAAGGAACUGGGAGUGUUAAGGAUCCUUAUGGCUACACCAGGCGAGAGGAAUUCACAUCAGAGAUUUUCAAAAUAGAAAUUUGUAACUUGCCUCGUUUUGGAUUUAAGGAAUUGAAGAAGAGGCUGGCUAAACUUGAUAUAAAACCAGUAAAAAUUAAAUCCAUUCCCAGAGCCACAUUUGCCUUUGUAACAUUUAGAAAUGAGGAAGAGAGAGAGUCAGCAAUUGCCAAAAUCCAUGGACAUGUGUGGCGAGACAAAAAGUUAACAGCAAAGAAAGCCAGUGCUACUGCGGAUCCGUUAUUGACAAAACGAAGAGCUGGUGGUCAAAGAGAUGGUGAACCUUCAGAAAAGAGAUCCCGCCCAAUGGCUGACAAUGAAGAUGAAAAUUUAUCUCCAGAGGAUAGAUUAAAGAAAGCUGUGAGUCCUCUGUGGGAUAUGCCGUAUGACAAGCAGCUAUUGUUAAAAUCAGAAGAAAUUGAGAAGAUGAUGAAGACCUAUGCUAAUCAGAUCUUCAAAAGCAAUGUGGACCUUAGGGACUGGUUAACAGAGCAGAGGAUGAAAUAUGAGGGUCACUGUUGUGAAAUACAGCGAAUCAAGCCAUCGCCCAUUCAGCAAGGGUAUCGAAACAAGUGUGAGUUUACCAUAGGACAGGACAUGGACAAAAAUGAUAAUACAGUAGGGUUCCGCUUCGGCCAGUAUAAAGAUGGAACUAGUUCUGUCGGGGAGCCACACUGUCUUACCAACAUACCGGAGGCCAUGAAAACUGUUGUCAAGAGUUUCCAGACCUUCAUCAGAAGUGGACCUUAUGGUGCGUACAACCCUGAGACACAUGCUGGACACUGGAGAAUGUUGACCGUACGGACGACUCGGUCUGACGUCAUGGCCAUCGGGGACUUCCAUCCACAGCAACUAUCACCUGGAGACAUUAGGAAAGAGGAAGAGAGACUACGAGAAUACUUUUCUUCUGGGGAGGGGAAGACUAGUGGUGUCACCUGUAUGUAUUUCAGGGUGUAUUCUGACAGAAUGACAGGGAACACCAAUGAGCCAUACAGACACGUGUUGGGUAAAACUAAUAUAGAGGAGACCCUCCUAGGCAUGAAGUUUGAAAUUUCUCCAGAUGCCUUUUUCCAGGUUAAUACACCAGGAGCAGAAGUCUUAUAUGAACAGAUCGCUGAGUGGUGUGGAGUUACCAAGGCAACCACUGUUCUUGACAUCUGUUGUGGGACGGGAACCAUUGGUCUGACCUUGGCCAAGAGAGUAUCCAGAGUAAUAGGGAUAGAGUUGUGUCCAGAGGCAAUAGAAAAUGCCAAGAGAAAUGCACAGAUUAAUGACAUUACUAAUGCUACGUACCACUGCUGUAAAGCGGAGGAUAUCAUCACACAGACCAUGAAGUCCAUCACCUCAGAAGAUGUGGUAGCCAUCGUAGACCCACCCAGAGCAGGCUUACACACUCAAGUUAUCAGAGCUUUAAGGAAUUCCCCUUUUCUGAAGAAAAUUGUUUUUGUGUCAUGCAAUCCCAGAGGAGCCAUGAACAAUUUUGUAGACUUAGUUCGUCAACCCUCUAAGAAGAUGCGAGGUCAGGCGUACCGGCCGAUUAAAGCUGUGCCUGUAGACAUGUUCCCCCAGACUAAACAUUGUGAACUGGUUAUACUGUUUGAAAGAGAUUCAUGUACCUAAUAAAAGUCAUAAAUUCUGUAA